CCCACAUUUCCGAUGAGGAAAAUUGCAAGUAUUUCUAGUGUAAGAUGAGGGAAAAAAAAAAUGAUAAUAUAGUACGAAUUUCUCAGUGCCUCUGGGCUUCCACACAUUCCAAUAUCAACGGCAACCCUACGUUUUUAUAUGGAGUAGCCGUGUAUUAGCGAUAGUUGCAAAAUAAGAUUUGUUAGCCAGCACAAAUCUCUCACCCCUGUCCUUUGUUUCUUCUCCUCAUCCCUCCCAACUCAAUAACAGCCCUACAAUCCCUUCUUCCUUUUUGUCUUUCCCUCCAUUUUUUCUCGCUGCCCUGCAAGAACUGCUAACCAUUUGAUUUGCUUUGAUUUUACUUGCUUUGAUCUGGGUUCGUUGUUUCUUUUGGCCAAAGUUUGAAUCUUUUGGGUGAAAUUUUUGUGGGUUUUGUUUAUUUAUCUGAAAAGUUUGGAACUUUGGAUUUGGAUUGGGCAGAAUCCUAAAUUGGUUUCGAGGUUGGGUUGUAGUGGUGGUGGGUCAAUGGGAGCUUUAGAUGAGGGGCAUUUCAAUGCAGAGCUAGAGAACGGAGUGAACCUUGAGGGAUGUGUUGAGCUGGGUUUAGAGGGAGGAGAACCUGAGACCCCUGCCAUUGAGGAUGCUGUCAGAGUCCUCUUGCAAGGUCUUGGUGAGGAUAUCAAUCGAGAAGGAAUCCGAAAGACUCCUCUCCGUGUGGCCAAGGCCCUCAGGGAAGGGACUAGAGGCUAUAGAGAAAAGGCAAAGGACGUUGUCCAUAGUGCGUUGUUUCCUGAGGUUGGAUUGGAUAAUAAAAUUGGGCAUGCUGGGGGAGCUGGUGGGCUUGUAAUAGUUCGAGAUCUAGAUCUCUUCUCCUACUGUGAGUCUUGCUUGCUUCCCUUCCAUAUAAAGUGUCAUGUGGGCUAUGUUCCAUCUGGACAAAGGGUUGUAGGUCUUAGCAAGUUCUCUCGAGUAGCUGAUGUUUUUGCAAAACGCCUCCAAGAUCCACAGCGUCUAGCAAAUGAAGUCUGUAAAGCCUUGCAGCAUGGUAUCAAACCAGCAGGUGUUGCUGUUGUACUCCAGUGCUCACACAUUCACUUUCCCAAAUUUGAGUCAGCCUUUCUUGAUUCAAACCAUGAAGGAUGGAUAAAGUUACUUGUAAGUUCGGGUUCUGGAGUGUUUGAAGAUGGGAAAGCUGAUGUUUGGGCCGACUUUCUCAGCCUCUUAAGGUUCAGAGGCAUAAACACAGUGAAUAUACAUGCUAAUGGCUCUGACCAGUGUUGGUGCCCAUCUCAUUCUUUUACAAAGAUAGCUCCAGCCAAUUCAGCAAUGAUGAGUGCUGUAGCUUCAAUUCUUCGGUCUCUUGGUGAAGACCCAUCAAGAAAAGAGCUUAUAGGAACCCCUGCUCGCUUUGUGACCUGGCUGAUGAACUUUCAAAAUUGUAAUUUGGAGAUGAAGCUGAAUGGGUUAGUUCGAAAUCAAAGAGAUUCCAUGAAGCCUGAUGGCGAUAUCAGCUUUGGUGAAGAACAUUUCUGUUCGGAGCUGAAUUUGCCAUUCUGGUCCCAGUGUGAACACCAUCUACUUCCUUUUCAUGGUGUUGUGCAUAUAGGCUAUUAUUGUGCUGCGGGUGGCGUUCCAAUUGGAAGAUCCUUGUUACAGUCAAUAGUACAUUUCUAUGGCUUCAAACUCCAAGUACAAGAGAGGCUCACCAGGCAAAUUGCUGAAACUGCGUCAUCCCUUUUGGGUGAAGAUGUAAUGGUGGUGGUGGAAGCUAACCACACUUGUAUGAUCUCUAGAGGAAUUGAAAAGUCUGGCAGCAAUACUGCUACAAUUGCUGUCUUGGGCCAAUUUUCAACCGACUCUACUGCAAGGGCUAAAUUUUUGCACAGCAUUCCAAACUCUUGUCAAUCUGGAUUAUGAUUGCCAGACGCUGGAAAUGUGGUAUUCUUGUCACGUAUAGUUCCAUUAUAUGCCUGUAGUAGAUGGACGCCAAUAAUAGUUGAGUAGGCCUUUGCUUUUCCGCUUCUCAGGCAUGGGGUGGAAAAUCUGCAUGCAUAUUCAUUCUCAGUAAAACAACUCUUGGAGGUUUUUUUUUUCUUGGAGCGAGUGUUGGGAGUUUCAGUUGGUCCUGAAGUUCCCGUGAGGCUGCAGAGUUUCAGUGCAGGCGCCUUAACAGCAUUUGUUUCUUUUCUCCACCUUUUAGUUUUUGGAGGAGACUCUUUCACACGCGAAGGCUUCCUAUUUUUGUUUUUCCUUUUCCCUUUUUUAAAACUUUAUAUUUACCUUCAUCUGUAACAGAAAUGUGGCCUUGUGGCCUCUAAUGUACCAGUGACUGUUGUCACUCCAGUUUUUGACCAAUAUCCAAAUAUCCUCCCACUUUUCUUUUAUACAUUUAAUGAAGUUUCGCCUUGCGUUGCAUCCUC